AUGUUAGUUUUUAUUGUUUUUGCCACUUUCAUAGUACAAUGCUAUGGCUCAUUUGAAAUCAAUUGGAAUGAAAAAUUUGACAAUUCUUCAGUAGUAUUACCAACAGUACCUGAUGAUGAUAUUUAUAAAUGUGUCUCGUAUACGGGAGCUCAUAUCGAUAUUUCACAUUGGAUUAAUCAAAAUUUCUCUGAUUAUAAAGAUUGUCAAACAUCAGGUUUAUAUACUCUUAAUAGAAGAGAUAGACAUUUCAAAGUUGAUAUCGAUGUUCAACGUUCAUGGAUUAUUGAAGUUUCAGCAAUUAUAUUCAAUGAUACUAUUAGACCAAUUUGUGGUAUUAAUUCUUUUGAGUUUGCUAUUAGACCAACAGAAAGUUGUGAAAGCAAUGGUAAAUAUAAUUAUAUCUACAGAAGAAUAUUAAAUUUGACGUUUUAGGAAUUAAUGUUACAAUUACAGAAACAAAUCGAUUUGAAACGUUAUCUCUCUAUUAUGACGUGGGAAACGUAACAAUCAUUACUACACAUAAUGUUAGGUUAUAGGUUCUUUACUAAAAGUUAUUUAAAAACAUAUGAAUGUUAGAGACUCGGUCGAAAAAGCCUGAAAGAAUUAUCAUAAUAUGAAUUAGAAACCACUUGUCGUAUGUGAUGAGUUGGACGCUAGAAACUAUUGUGUCUUUUCUCUAUUUGACAAUCUGUUUCUUGCUUGUCAAAAUUCAGAAUUCGCCGCUGAGAGUACGAUAAAUGAUCGAUUUAUUUGUGCAUCGACAUCAUUAAGCAAAUGUUGCAACCAAUGUGUUAUUUUAGGUGUUACUAGAUAAUAAAGAACUUUUCAACUGAUGGCUCUGAAUCCAUGAGAUAAAUGCAUCAUUGUUGUAACCGCUGGUCUGAAUUCUGGAUAAUUUUGUUAAAGAAGAUUAAGAAAAAAAUAUAUCUAUAAACUAAAGAAUACACCUUUUCAAGAUCGAUGCAAAUAUUAAGAUGUUCUUGACAUGAAAGAAUAAGAUGCAACAAUUAACAUUUCUUUAAAGUUAUAGUUAAAAGUUAAUUAUCCAUGUAAUUACAAGCGUAAAAAUAUGUAAGUGAAACUGAGUUGUACAAAUGUAGGAAUGAAUGUAUUGGUAUACUUACAUAGAUAUUCAUAAAAGUAUAGCUGGCGCAGAGAUUAGUAGUGGAGGUUAGAAACUUCGAAAUGCUAUUAAAAUUUGUUUCAGCUUUGAAAACUUUUUAAUCUAUAAAAGAAAAGAGAAAGUGCUAUGAAAAAAUCUACCAAGAGCAAAUUAGAUAAAUACAUGCACGAAAUAUCUAAAACCAAAAAUCAGUUUUUGAUUCGAGAUCGAGUUUCAGUCAUGGAGUAGAGUAUACAAUACGAAUGAAGAAAGAUCUGUUUAGAAAGUCACGAAAACGAUGUCUAGUAUACAAGUGUACUACUAUUAAGCUAUAUGGAAGAAUAUAGUGUUGUGUAUAUGAUAUGGAGUAAUUAUUAUUGAAGAAACAUAGUAAAACGAUUAGCAUGAACAAGACAGUCUCAAUAUAAUAGAAUGUCCUACUAAACUAUUUUUCGAAUUCUUAAAGGUUUAAUACAAUAUCUAAUGUAGCUCAAAUGAGGAAUCAUGAAUAUCAUGCAGAAAUCUAAACAAGAGAUUCAUAGGCAUAUGAUCAGAUUUGAAAUGGACAAUUUGAUAAGGGUUUCAAUUAUUUUUCAAAGCAUUUAGAUUUUCUUCAUUAUCUAUGCAAUAGAGGGGUCCACGAAAACUUGAUUGUAUCCCGUUGUUUUUAUGUCACUCAAGCUACAAUCAUCUUGAUACUUUAGACUCUUUAGUGUCGUUAGCUUUUUUAAUGCCUUUAGUAUCUUAUGGUACCUUUAAUCCCUUUAAUAGCUUUAGUGCGUUUAGGAUGUCAGUGUGGGUGUGGAUGUGGGAUGUGAAGACAGGUAUGGGUAAAUAUUAAAGCAACGGAACGUCCCGACAAAAACCAAGGCCCAAAUACCGAUACUCACACACUCCCAACUUUAUCUCCACCGCUCCGACAUCCACACUAAAGAGACUAAAACCACUAAAAAGACAAAGAUAUUCUAAAAGGCUUAUGGGAGAUGUAAGAAUAAAACAAAGCAGGAUAAUAUAAAUUUUUCGUGAGCCUAUAAUGCAAGAUUUCUUUUUAAAUAAAAAAAGAAUUUGAAGAUUACAGAGUUAGGUCUUAUCAUAGAAUUGUGAUCUAGAAAACAUAAAAUACUUUCAUAUAGAAAAAAGCUUGUUAGCGCAGCUCCUUUGGAGCUGAAAUGUGGAACUCACGUAUAUCCUUCAACCAUGCUAUUCUAAUACAUCAUUUGCAAACUGAAAAAUUUCUUGUCGACUAUAGUUGUUUUCAAUAAUAAUCGCCGUCCCGAACGAGAAUUCAUUAUUUAUUUCUAAACUUAAAACUGAGAAUGUCUUUUUCGUUUGAGCGCGCCCGAUUUCAUUUAUAAUUGUUGCUAUACAGUCGAUAAUAAUCAUUUUUUUGUUUUUUUUUUAAUUUAAAAUUGUUUUUUUUUUCACCAUCAACUAUUUAAUGAAUAAGACUAUUACCAUAAUGCAGUUUAUGUAUCAACACCUCUUACCACACUACUAUAUAUCUCAAUUAAUCUAUAAAUGGUGAUAUUGUUUACUUUUCACACUGAUAAAAAGAUCGAAUCAUGCCUUCAUAUUGAUUAUAUAAUUCUUAUGACAGAUCAAUAUAUAUAACCACUCUUCAUCUUUGAUUUUUAGCAUACAAGUUUUAGUUAUAGAACAGUGAACGACUACACUAUUAAGAACUUUAACAAAUAUACAAUAGUUUUCAAAUAAUUUUGAAACCAUUGAAAUAAACCCCCUCCCAUAUUAGAAGCCCCCGGGGCUUCUAUUAGGCCUUGCAAACUUUGGCCGGAUUUUGCUGGGAAAAAUUGAAAAUUUUGCUGGAUCGAUCCUUUAAAUGGAGCUUCUAAUAGGGGGAGGGCUUCUAAUAUGGGAGGGGCUUCUAAUAGGGGGAGGGCUUCUAAUAUGGGAGAGGCUUCUAUUACGGGGAGGGGUUUAGUGUACAUCAGUCGAACUCAUAGUAUUCAUACUGUUCAACUCUCUUUUUUUAUUGUUAAAUAAAGCUGAAGCCU